UCGGGAGUAAAAUUGCCAUCGCAAUUGAAACUGCCAAGUUCACUUGCACAACAGCAAAAUCCUCCUGUGCAUAAAAAGUGUCCUAGUGAUUGCUGUGUUUUAUUCAUAUUGGAUUGGAGUUGGAGUUGGAGUUGCUCCUGUCGAAGAAACUAUUGAAGAUUGUCGAUUCAUCGCGCAGGCCAGGGGACGCGGUAUCUCAGGGGGAAGGAUGGGGCGGGUGGAGGACUUUGAUUCUGCGGAGUGCAAUGGAAGUGCGCAUGAAAGGAAGCAGCGAUGGAUUUUGGUGACAGGAGGCGCUGGCUACAUCGGCACUCACACCGUGUUGCAGUUACUGCUGGAGGGCUACUGCGUGAUGAUUAUCGACAAUCUAGUCAAUUCCUGCGAGGAAGCUGUGAAUCGUGUGCUCAAGCUGGCAGGUGAAGCCGGGUGGAAUUUAGAAUUCUGUAAGGGGGAUCUUUGUAAGCUCGAAGAUGUGCAAAAGGUGUUCAAUCUUCACAGGUUUGAGGCCGUCAUUCACUUCGCAGGUUUAAAGGCUGUUGGAGAAAGCGCGUCGAAGCCUUUACUUUACUACAAAAAUAAUCUGACUAGCACCAUAAAUCUCAUGAAUGUCAUGUCAGAGAACAGAUGCAAGAAUCUUGUGUUCUCGUCUUCAGCAACAGUGUAUGGGCAACCAGAGAGUGUACCAUGUACAGAAGAAUAUCCACUUAGCGUCACGAAUCCUUAUGGCCGAACUAAGCUUAUAAAUGAAGACAUUAUGCGUGAUGUUCAACAUGCGGAUCCAGAAUGGAAGAUUAUACUGUUACGGUACUUCAAUCCGGUAGGGUGUCAUCCAAGUGGUGAGAUAGGCGAAGAUCCUUUGGGUUUUCCAAAUAAUCUGAUGCCUUUCGUACAACAGGUUGCAGUGGGUCGCAAAGAAACCCUUUCUGUGUGUGGUCAUGAUUACGAUACUCGAGAUGGAACUGGGAUUCGGGAUUACAUCCAUGUCAUGGAUGUGGCAUGCGGGCAUACUAAAGCUUUGGAUAAGCUCUUCACAACCCCGGACAUAGGUGUCGAUUAUCUUUCUUCCACAUCCACCAAAUGCUUAGCAGGAUGUGCAAUUUACAAUUUGGGAACAGGGAGAGGAACGACUGUGCUUGAGAUGGUGUCAGCCUUUGAAAAAGCAUCUGGGAAGAAAAUUCCACUCAAGUUUGAUGUCCGGCGUCCUGGUGACUCAUCUGAGAUUUAUGCUGCAACGAAGAAAGCUGAGGAGGAGCUUGGCUGGAGAGCGAAGUUUGGCCUAAUGGAGAUCUGUCGUGACCAAUGGAAUUGGGCCAAAAGGCAUCCAUUUGGAUAUGAAUGUCAAGAACAAUAAGUUUCCACGCAGCAAUCGAUAAACUCUCGAUUAUUGAGUGAUGGGUAUUAGAGGUCUUGCUGCUGAUACAAAGCCUGCUUUCCUUACAGCUUUGGAUUUAUUUUGAUUCAACUUCUUUAGCCGUUGUCGUUGAUGUUCCAGUACAUUCUUUUCUCCGUGUGCUCUGCUCGGAGAUCCGGAGAUUUGGACCUAAGGGUGGUGUAUUGUACGAUUAGUAUCUCAGGGUGGUGUGUAGAAUGUUAUUGAGUGAAGUUGUCGCUUUUCAGGUUUGAACUGAAAUGAGGCAUAGAUACUGAAUCCAUUAUUUAGAAUGGAUUUACUGAAGGAGUAAAAGGACCAGGGACAAUACAUUCCAUGUGUAAUAUCUAGUGAUCCAGUCUUUGUACAAAGAAAAUUGACUUAACCUGUGGGUCUGCUGUACAGUUCCCAGGCUCAAUAAAUUACUGCUAUUGCAGGUUAUGGCUAUUGCAGCUGUGAUGAUUUUAGAUGA